AUGGCAACUAGAAAUGGUUCUGGGGCCGAGGCAUCGGGACUCGUGAAUACACUCCAAGGCCAUGUAGAUGAUAUUCGCACUCUGAUACAGUGUGGUAUAUGCAUCCGUCCCCUUUACGAACCGUUUACCAUCGCCUGCGGGCACACUUUCUGCUACUCAUGUCUAUCAUCAUGGUUUGCCGGUGGAAGAUCAAAACGAACGUGUCCGGAUUGCCGAGCACCCGUCAAAACUCAACCAGCACCAGCUUAUUUGGUUCGGGCCGUUGUGCAGAUGUUCACAGGUCGAGCUGAGCUUUUAGAUAAAGGGGAAACAACCACAGAGCAUACGAAGAACCAAAGGGAAGAAGCAGAAAAACUGGAUCAGGACAAGGCCAAUAAUCAUCCAACUGAGGGAGGUCUGUUCGGAGGUCUUUUCAAGCCCAAAGCUCCCCCACUUAAACCUGUCAUUGACAUUGAUGACGGCGUGGUUCGGUGUCCGGUCUGCUCGUGGGAGCUUGAAGGAGACAAUUGCGCAGGAUGCGGAUAUCGAUACCGACCGGGGUCUGAGGAGACAGAUGACAGUGAAUCAGCUGACUAUAGCGAGACCGACCUAGACUCGCUGGAUGAUGGUAUGGAUGAGGAAGAGGGUGAGAACGAGGGCGAGGGCGAGCUAGGGGAAUCUGACCACUUCGACGACAUCGAAGACCGUGAUGGCGUUUGGGGCAACUUCGCGCUUCAGUAUUAUGGGCCUACUUUCAAUGGACGCCCUAACUGGCCCCCAAGUCGUGACCGGCAGGCUUUCGACCGGUUCGAAAACUUGAUACGUGGACCUCCCAUGAUCCCACUGGGGGCUGCGCCCCCAAUGGAUCAUGGCAAUUAUCUCGCUUCAGGUAACACCAAUGGAAGUGAAUACGACGAAGAGGAAGAGGAAGAAGAGGAAGAGAAUGAGUAUGACGAGUCAGACUCGUUCAUCGAUGCUGAAAACGACCACCCGCCCACGAGUUCGUUCAUUGAAACUCAAGCCGAUCGUCUCGGGAGUGGCGACAUGUAUGAAUCGGAAUCAGACCGUUCCACUGGCACCGUUGUGGAUUAUGUUGCGCAUGACCGCCUUGCCAACACGCAUGGGCUCCAUUACAGAAACACUACACCUUACUUUGACGAUGAGGCUUCUGAUGAAGAUAACGAAGUGGAAGAGGAGGAAGAGGAAGUUUCAGAGGCAUCGGACGAUAGAGGUAUGGCCAAUGAAGACUCAGAAGAAUCCGACGAAGACGCAAUCCAGACUGCGCCGCCUCGUCAAGCCAAUCCACAAUAUCCAUACCGAUCCCCCUGGUUCCAAGCCCCCAGCGCUGCUCCAUGGCUUGCGGCCAGGCCUCCACCUGAACCAAUUCCUGACUCAUCCGAGGAAGAGGAAUCUUCGCCGCCUAUUAGGCCCGCUAGAUCCAGUGCGCGUCGUCACGUCAAUCACGGGACCACGGCUCUGAAUGCGAUUCCCCUCGAUGAUUCCGACGACGAUCAGCCUGUCGGCCCAGUGAGAAGAACCACACAGAGGCGACGUGCCAGAUUCUCUCCAUAUUAA